AUGGCCCUCUAUCACAAAACACUACAACCCAAGACGGUUCUGAGCAAGAGAUUUCACCCAAAUAACCUCAAUCAUUGUAGACUGAGCUCCAAGACCAAAGAAGGAGCUCCCAGGAGGAACCCCUCUCCCCAGUCUUCCCAGUUCCUGCCCUUCUGUGAGAAGUGUCAGCCUGGAACAUGCCACAGGAUGGUGGGCCGGGGAGAGGGGAGAUGUGUGGAUGCCUCUUUCUCAUGCCCAGGGACCAGCAGUGUGAAUCAGCUGGGGGGGCUUUUUGUGAACGGCCGGCCCCUGCCCCUGGACACCCGGCAGCAGAUUGUGCGGCUGGCAGUCAGCGGGAUGCGGCCCUGCGACAUCUCACGGAGCCUUAAGGUAUCUAAUGGCUGUGUGAGCAAGAUCCUAGCGCGUUACUACCGCACAGGUGUCUUGGAGCCCAAGGGGAUUGGGGGAAGCAAACCCCGACUGGCCACACCCCCUGUGGUGGCUCGAAUUGCCCAGCUGAAGGGUGAGCGCCCUGCCCUCUUUGCGUGGGAGAUCCAACGCCAGCUCUGUGCUGAAGGGCUUUGCACCCAGGACAAGACUCCCAGUGUCUCCUCCAUCAACCGAGUCCUGCGGGCACUACAGGAGGACUACCGACUGCCCUGGGCACAGCUCAGGUCACCAGAUGUUUUGACUCCAGUUCCUCACACUCCCCGCAGUGGCUGUGAGGUUCCUCAGGGUCCCCACCCAGGGACUGGCCACCGGAAUCGGACCAUCUUCUCCCCAGGCCAAGCUGAGGCUCUGGAGAAAGAGUUCCAGCGUGGGCAGUAUCCUGAUUCGGUGGCCCGUGGAAAGCUGGCCGCUGCCACCUCUCUGCCUGAGGACACGGUGAGGGUCUGGUUUUCCAACCGAAGAGCCAAAUGGCGCCGACAAGAGAAGCUCAAGUGGGAAAUGCAGAUUCCAGGUGCUUCCCAUGUACCAACUGUGCCCAAUGCCUCCCCUGGGAUCAUCUCUGCACAGCCCCCUGGGAGUGUCUCUUCAGCAGUCCUGCCUGCCCUGGAAUCCUUGGGUCCCUCCUGCUAUCAGCUGUGCUGGGGGACAGCACCAGACAGGUGUCUGAGUGACAACCCACCCCAAGCCUCUCUCAAGCCCUGCUGGGGCCACCUGCCUCCUCAGCUGAGCUCCCUGGAUUCAGUAGUGCUUUGCCAUUCCUACCCUUCCUUCCACUGCCUCCGUGGCCAGUGUUUGUGCCCCUGCAGCCUUGCUCUGGUCCAGCUCCCCACCCCUGCAAGGCCUGGAAUGAAGGAGGAGGGCCAGAGUGGAAAGGAGCUGGGGUGGAGAGGAUCUAAUAUCAUCCUGCUCAAGCAGAUUACUGGUUCCUCUUCCUUCCUGUGACUCUUUCUCCUCAUCUGUGGACCCGGUCUGGUCCUGUCUUGCUGCCCCUUCUAUGCGGCACCUGUUUGGAGGGGCUG